UGCAUGCUGGGAGCCGUAGUCCCUCCCGCCCUGCAGUGUCAGCCUGGCCGCUGCUGGGUCAGUCAUGCUGCCGAGUUGGGCUCCUUGGAGAUCUGUCGUCUGUAAGCCUUCCCCAAUAUAUAGGUUUCCCGGACUGAAAACUGGAGAGGUCGCCUGGAUCUUUUAAACGGUUAGAUAGAAGAUGGAAAUUGUGUCUUACCUAAACGCGUGACAAGCAACAUCAGCUGAAAUUCUCCUAUUCAACGCAACCAUUGAAGGGUUGAUCUCUUGAGUUGAGGCCUUUCAGGCUUGCAUGGAUGGGAUGUCUGGGAAUUCGGCCCCAAAUGGAGCAUCUGGGAUUUAUCAUGAGCGGCAACGCCUUGAGCUGUGUGCGGUCCAUGCCCUGAACAAUGUCUUACAGGAGCGGAUUUUCACCCAAGAGGCAGCUGAUGAGAUCUGUAAAAGGCUUGCCCCAGAUGCCAGGUGGAAUCCACAUCGCAGUUUCCUGGGGACAGGGAAUUACGAUGUCAAUGUCAUCAUGGCAGCGCUCCAAAGUGUUGGGCUGGAAGCUGUCUGGUGGGACAAGCGCAGGCCCUUAGAGCAGCUGUCCGUAGCAGGAGUUCUAGGAUUCAUCAUCAACGUCCCUUCCAACGUGUGCCUCGGCUUCCUAUCUCUUCCGGUGAGGCGUCGUCACUGGAUCGCUGUGCGUCAGCUUGAUGGCAUCUAUUAUAAUCUCGAUUCCAAGCUGAAGGCACCUGUUCCAAUUGGCAGCGAAGCUGACCUCAGGGUGUUUCUGCAAGAAGUUCUAUCAGAAGGACCAUGUGAGUUGUUGCUAGUGGUGCCCCAAGAGACGGGUGAGGCCAGAGACUGGCUCAGCACUGUCAGGUGAUCCCCGGCACACAGGAAUCCAUCCCAGCUGAGCCUCAAGCAUUCUUCUUCAACCCCCCUGUGCUGGCUGCUGCAUGUCUUUGUGUAUGUGCAUAAGGGGGUAGGAAUGGGAAUGAUGCCCUCCUGUUUACAAUGCCACUCUGGGAGCUGACCAUGAAAUAUAUCCUCCCUUCUCUUACGUGCAAGCAGCUUUCCCCUUGCUUUUGAAAGAUGUGCACUGUGUCGGACAGUACGGAAUAAAGAUUGCAAUACUGAAUAGUAGAAGAUUUUCCCCUGGCAUUGGAAUAGCCAUCUGGGGUGCUCCAACAGUCAGUUUUUUUUCUGGACUGAUGGAGUUAUUUGUUUACAAGCAGGACUUGGUAAUACAUCCCCAGACCCCCUAUUUAAUAUCCUACUAGGUUUAGUCUGGGAAGUUGUGUGUCUCACUAUUAGGGCUAACAAACCUCUCCUUUGUAUUUUUGUGAUUCCUCUUUUGCAGCAAGUUCUUUGGAUAGAACAAGACAGUUCUCCCAAAACCCACAAAAAGUCUCUGACUUAAAGUUGUCACUCAGUGUUUUGAGUUAGCUAUUCCCAAGAUUAUGGAGAAGGCAGAUUUAGGAGUGAGCUGUAUGCGCUGAAAACCCAAAGGUGAUAUUUCAACUCUUGCUUCAGUCAAAGGGACCUUUUCUGGAAGCAGCGAGCUGUUUUACUAAGAGCAGCAGUGGUGUUAGUCAAGUGGAGUGUGCAGAGAGAAAGCAAGAGUGUUUUUUUAUUCCCUUGAGGCUCGCUGGAAAGCAUGAGAUGCUCAAGUGAAAUUUGAAUUAAUGUUUCUGGUGUAGGUGGGAAUGAAGGUGGGAAAAGGACAGUGGAGUUGAGUGUGGAAAUAGGAUAAGCCACUGUGCUAGUAUCCUGGAUCCAAAUGCAGAAAGCAGUGGCAAAGACUAUAAAGUGGCAAAUGCCCAGGCAGGUCCCAAACUUUCCGCUGCUUGACAGUGGACAAGAGGUUGCUUGAAGCCUUGGUUUGGUUGACUAUUCAAUGCUGGCAAGUGAACAAAAUCUUCUGUUACCCCCAUAGGCAGCCCACCACCUUAGAGGAAUAAAGAAGUUCAUUAAAAAGACUUUGCCUAACCAUUUGGGAAGAACACUAUGGGGCUGAUGUUGCUUCUUUUUAGUUUUUCUCAUUCAUGUUGGUUGUCUUAAUUCUGACUAGCUGACAGAAACUCUCUGGUGGAAGCUUUUAGUCCAAAAUUGGGGAGAUUGUACCUGUUGAAUUUCUGCCUGUUACACAGCCACUUGAAGCACUAGGACCUUGUAAAACAGCAAGAGGCAGUGACCCUUUGUGCAAAUUGAAAAUGUUGGUUGCUCUCUUGUUUGGUUUUUCUUUUAAAUAAAAGCACUCUGUCCAUCAA